GGGUUGGAGGCUGACCGCGUGGUUAGGAGGCAUCACUGCGGCAAUUUCCGUUGUUUUUAUCAAGAUAAGGUAUGCAUCGAGAGAUAGGUUGUUAUGUACUGCCGCACGCUACACUUCAGAGAUUAAUCGUCUAACGUGAGGCCUAUGUUAGCUAACGCUGUCCUACAAGCUACAAGUUGAAGCCGGCGACAUUUCUUUGGAGAGUUCACGGUAGUGAUCGAAAAGACAUGAGUUCCAACAUGGGCAAGAAGCAGAACACAAAGGCGAAGAAGGAGGUGGAAGAACCAGAAGAAUUUGUCGUGGAGAAAGUUUUGGAUCAGCGUAUCGUCAAUGGGAAAGUAGAGUUCUUCCUGAAGUGGAAAGGAUUUACAGAUGCUGACAAUACCUGGGAGCCAGAGGAGAACCUGGAUUGCCCAGAGCUGAUUUCAGCUUUUUUGGAAUCGCAGAAGAAUGUGAAGGAGAAGCCGGCACCUGUUAAGAGGAAGUCCUCAACGGAUGAGCCAGACACAGAGGCCAAGAAGAAAGAUGUGGGUGAGAAGCCCCGUGGGUUUGCCAGGAACCUAGAACCAGAGAGGAUCAUUGGUGCAACAGACAGCAGCGGAGAGUUAAUGUUCCUGAUGAAAUGGAAGGACUCUGAUGAAGCAGAUUUAGUCCCAGCCCGAGAGGCCAACACCCGCUGCCCCCAGGUGGUUAUUUCCUUCUAUGAAGAGAGACUAACAUGGCACUCGUGUCCUGAAGAUGAAGCUCAGUAGUACUACCCUCUGGUCCCUGUGGUCCUUUGCCCCCCACCCCCUAACCCUUACACCGUUCUCCUCAGGACUGACAUUAACUUUGGGCCUGCCUUCUCCUUUUAGCUUUCUUAGUUAUUUACAGGACGUUUAAAUGUUGUCGGUGUGUGGCACUCAAGAGGACCGCUACGUUGUUGUACAUAAUUAGCACCGUUGGUUUUGAAUGGGGCAGGUUAUACGUUUAAGAUUGGGAUAGUGACAUAAUGUCUUCUGUUCAUGCAGUUAGUUUGAUUUGAAGGCAUUCAACUGCUUGGAAAACGUACUUGAUGACAUGACUCAAGUUUUCUUUAUAUAAGUGUUUUCUUCUAUUCAGACAAAAUCAAGAGAAUGAGCUGUUCAUACCUGCUUGACAGUUUCGACUGUGUCUCCAGUCUUCCUCAGAAGCGCCAUCCGCCGUAUUGCUGACGUGUCAUUUAUCAGGUCUGUCGGCCACACCCCCCUCUCCCGAGGUGGUCUUUGGAGCACGGAAUCCCAGGUGUGCGAGAGGGUGUAUGCCCCUCGUCCCGGUUGAUGGUGCCGCCCGCCCGCUUCCUGAUCUCUAUAGCCUCUUUUAUCCAACGUUUGAAUUUGUUGGUUUCCGAUGUGAUGAUUUUCCCCUUGUCCCAGUCCAUGAUGGGACAACCCGUCUGGCCGAUCAGCUGAUAAAUGACACAUCAGCAAUACGUCGGAUGACGCUUCUGAGGAAGACUGGAGACACAGUCGAAACUGUCAAGCAGGUAUGAACAGCUCAUUCUCUUGAUUUUGUCUGAAUAGAAGAAAACACUUAUAUAUCGCAAUAGAAGACAAAAUGAACUUAAUCAGUUCAAGUUUUCUUUUCCCUGUUUUCACACCUGUUGUACAUUUGUAAGUGGUGGAUUAAGUACUAGGAUCUGUUUAGCUAUCCUUAAUCUAAUUUAAGGAACUCUUUUUUUUAUGAUUAUUGUUACACUAAUGCUUAUUGCAUACUUCAGUGUAGGACUUGUUAAAAAGUGCUUUUUGUAUCCUUCUGUAAAUAUUAUUUCAAGUUGUCCAAUAAAGGUUUUAUGCUACCAGUU